CGUGACGGUGACGUCACCGGGCCCAUUUUCAACUUGGAACUAGCAGCCACCGCAAGGAUUUAGCAUGGCACACAACAAAAUACCACCUAGGUGGCUGAACUGUCCCCGGAGGGGACAGCCUGUUGCAGCAAAAUUUUUACCUCUGAAGACUAUGUUGGGACCAAAAUAUGAUGAUCAGGUUCCUGAGGAGAAUCGUUUCCAUCCCAGCAUGCUGUCCAACUACUUGAAAAGCCUUAAGGUUAAAAUGGGGCUGUUAGUAGAUCUGACCAACACAACUAGAUUCUAUGAUCGAAAUGAUAUUGAAAAAGAAGGUAUCAAGUACAUCAAACUUCAAUGCAAAGGUCAUGGUGAAUGUCCGUCACAGGAAAAUACAGACACGUUUCUUCGUCUUUGUGAUCAUUUUAUUGACAGAAAUCCUACUGAACUCAUAGGUGUCCACUGUACUCAUGGCUUCAACCGUACUGGUUUCCUCAUCUGUGCCUUUUUAGUUGAGAAAAUGGAUUGGAGCAUUGAGGCUGCAGUAGCCACAUUUGCACAGGCCAGGCCUCCAGGUAUUUAUAAAGCAGAUUACCUCAAGGAGUUGUUCCGUCGUUACGGCGACAUUGAAGAUGCACCUAAACCUCCUGAACUCCCAGAUUGGUGCUUUGAGGAAGAAGAUGUAGACGAUGAGGGAAACAAUGUAUUUCAGGAAGCAGAGGCAGGGUCGUCAGGAGCCACUUAUAACAGAAGAAAAAAGGAACGUUUAAAAUUGGGUGCAAUCUUUUUGGAAGGAGUGACAGUGAAACAUGUUAAUCAAAUAACAACAGAACCAAAGCUUGGUGAGGUACAGCGGAAAUGUCAGCAGUUCUGUUCUUGGAGAGGAUCUGGGUUCCCUGGAACACAGCCUGUAUCUAUGGACAAAAACAAUAUCAAAUUUAUGGAGCAGAAGUCAUAUAAAGUAAGCUGGAAAGCAGAUGGUACCCGGUAUAUGAUGAUAAUUGAUGGGAAAAAUCAAGUAUUUAUGAUCGAUAGGGAUAACUCCGUAUUUCACGUUACUAAUCUUGAAUUCCCAUUCAGAAAAGAUCUUAACCAACACUUGAACAACACUCUUCUGGAUGGGGAAAUGAUCAUUGACAAGGUUAACGGACAAGUUGUACCUCGUUAUUUGAUAUACGACAUCAUCAAAUUUAAUGGACAACCUGUUGGCGACUGCGACUUUAACAUUCGACUAGCCUGCAUUGAAAAAGAGAUUAUCUUUCCUAGACAUGAAAAAAUGAAAACAGGUCUUAUAGACAAAGCAAAAGAGCCUUUUAGCGUUCGGAGCAAACCAUUUUUCGACAUCCAUGCUGCAAGAAAGCUACUUGAAGGAAGUUUUGCUCGAGAGGUCAGCCAUGAAGUGGAUGGACUUAUUUUUCAGCCAAUAGGAAAAUAUAAGGCUGGGAGGUGUGAUGAAAUCUUGAAAUGGAAACCACCAAACUUGAAUUCUGUGGACUUCUUACUAAAGAUUACAAAAGUUGGAGGUGAAGGACUUCUGACGCGAAAUGUUGGUCUUCUGUAUGUUGGAAAAUAUGACUGUCCUUUCUCUGAAAUAAAGGUAACAAAAGAUCUGAAACAAUAUGAAAACAAAAUCAUUGAGUGCAAGUUUGAGAACAACAGAUGGGUUUUCAUGCGACAAAGAGUUGAUAAAAGCUUUCCAAAUUCUUAUGCCACAGCUAUGGCUGUGUGCAAUAGUAUCAAAAAUCCCGUGACUAAGGAAAUCCUGUUUGACUUCAUCGAUAGAUGUACAGCAGCUAAUCACAGGCAGAAUCGAAAAAACCCAUUGGAUCCAGAUGCUGAACUCAUGCCACCGCCUCCCCCGAAAAUACCACGUGUAGUUAACUGAGAAAUGACGUUUCUUUUAAGCAGAGAGGAAUGGCUCAAACCUGGCAGGAUGGGGAAGCUGAUAAGCAUGUUCCCUUAUUAUUAAUUUGUGAACCAUUACAGAAAAAAAUACAGCAUUUUGCUCACUGACAAAUACUAUUUAGCUCUCUUGUUAAUACAAAUCUGACUUUUCCCAGGAGAAGGAUAUUUUUCUGACUUUACCUGAAAUUUUCAGAGAGCCCAGUAGUUAAUUUAAGGGAUACUUCAGUGUGCACUGCAAAAGCAUAGCCAAUACCUUUUGCUACAGAUAUGCAGAUCUUGGGAAACAAAGUUAAGUUUUUCUCUCAUUUUGUCUCGCUUUCUAUUUUUUUUUUUUUAUUUAAAAGAUCCUUGCUUAGCUUUAAUUUAAAAUGCUUUUCUAUAGGUGACACCUAUAAAUAUGUUUGAACUGUAUAGUUUCAAAAUUGUCUAGUUUCACUCAUUUUAAAUUCAACUUCAAAUUUUGACAUAUUAAAAAAAGUGGAACUUUA